UUGCUAGGUCGAGGUCGGGGAGGUAGGACCAGUCUCCUCUAUUCUGCUGCGUUUUAAGAGUCCCGGUUUCCCAUCCUGAUUGUGUUUCCUGUUCUUCCAAGCAAACCAGCCUUCUUUAAAAACAGCCUUGCUCUCCAACCUCCAGCAAUAGGUAACUCCUUCGCUACGGUUACUUAACACCUUCGUUCUUCGCGCGAACAAGUCUAGCCCAACCAAACAACUUUCGCUAUUCUUCAUCUCUCUCAAUCAUCAUGAAGACCUCAUUCUCCUUGUUGGCAUUGGCCGCUUCGGCCUUUGCUUCAGAUCUUGCCCCUCGCUGGUACUCAAGCACACCUGUCGAGACAACAACGAUGACAACAUUCACCACGACAACUUACUGUCCUGUGACCAGCACUUACACUGAGAAGGGUAAGACAUCAAUCGUUACCACCAUCGCUACCUCUACCAUUGUGGUCACUUCGUGUGUUGGCGGAUGCGGCUCUGGCGGCGUGGUCACUGUUCCAGGCCCAACCGGCGUUGUGUCUACGACCACUGAGGUCGAUGUUACAUACACCACUACCUGCGCGGUAACGGAGACAGUUACUGCCCCCGGCACCACCUACACGAACGUCUACACUACCGUCUCUACUGUUGAGACACUUGUCGAGACUACUUUGUACGCAACUGUUACAAGUCCAGCACAGACUACAUACAGCGAGGAAGUGAUUACAUCCACAAUUACAUCGCUUUGCCCAGUCACCGAGACUUCGACCAUUUCUGGAGAAGAGGUUACCUUGACAUGGACAAGCACGUCUUUGAUCGAGACCAUCAUCCCCGAAACUAUUGAGGCAUACACCACACUCGCUGGCGCGACCACCACGAUCGAGUCGAUUGCUUAUUCCACAAUCACAUCGCUCUGCCCCAUCACCACUGUCUCGACUGUCAGCGGGCAAGAAGUCACGGUUGUCUAUACGUCGACUUCCCUCAUUGUUCAGGAGAUUCCUACCACUAUUGUCGAGUACUCGACUUAUUUCACUACUCUCUACGAGACAACGGAAGUCUACACCACGGAAACGUGCUACACGUGAGUCCUCGAAACUUUUGUCAACGAUAUUUCGUAAAUGCUGAC